UGUGGAAAGAGCUUCAGUCUGAGGGGAGAACUUUAUAAACAUCUAAAAAUCCACACUGGAGAGAAACGGCAUAAGUGCCUGGAGUGUGGAAAGAGCUUCAGCAGAGGCGGUCUCAAGAGACAUCAAAGGUUUCACACUGGUGAAAAACCACAUGAAUGCUUGGAGUGUGGAAAGAGCUUUACUCUGGGUGAACAGCUCCGUAGACAUCAGUGGAUUCACAGAGAAGAAAAACCAUAUAAAUGUCCGGUGUGUGGAAAGUACUACAGUGAGAGGAACAGCUUUUUGUGUGGAAAGAGCUUCAGUUGGAGGGGCACCCUUUAUGUACAUAAAAGGAUCCACACAGGAGAAAAACCGUAUAAAUGCCCGGAGUGUGGAAAUAGUUUCAAUCAUAGGAGCAC